AACUUGAUAAACAAAAUGCUUCUCAGCGUUCUAUGGCGUGCAUUGUUGAAUUUUCAUCGAGAAAAAAUGGAUAGAAAUAAUGUAUUUAUUUAAUUAAAAAUUAAUAGUGCAAUGUCGGACGAGUCAGAGUACGAAGCAGAACCAUCAGAAUUUGAUAUUUAUAAAACAAAGUACCAACUCCUACUCGACAGAUGCGAGACUUUACAGCAGGAUAAUGAAAGGCUGGUUUAUCGUAUUCAGCGAGUAAGAAAACUUCUCAAGAGGACAAGAAAAGAGAAAAAAUUUUUAAUAAAUCGACUGGACCAGCAUGGUGACAGAUGGAGGGAAGCGCCGAUGGGUGUUCUCGAGGAGAACAGCAUUCUUCAAACUGCGCCAAAACAAGAAAAGGCUUCUAAAUCUAGUGUUAACCACACCAAGGAGGAGAAACCGAAAAAAGGGACAAAAAGAAAAGGAACUAAAGCUGAUCCAAACGCACCAAAGAGGCCUGCGAAUCCUUUCUUUCAAUUUUGUCAAGAGCAAAGGCCUAGAGUUAUGGAGAGAUUAGCCGGAGAGCCAGAACCCAGUAAACAAGAACUGACCCGACAAUUGGCUACGACGUGGAAGUCUCUCAGUUCCGAUGAUAAAAAGGUUUACUACGAUAUGUACGAACGAUCAAAGGAGAAAUACGUGGCUGAAAUGCAGAUUUAUAAUAAAAAAUCCGAAGACACGCCUACCGAAAUGUCUCUAAAUGUAACUUAAUGUACAAAUAAUUUGUAAAUACGUAAUUCAAAAUAAUUAAAUUGUCUUUGUAUAUAA